AACUCAACUGUCAAAAUAUGUUCAUCUGUCUAGACAUCAAUGUUUUGUUUUGAAAAUAUUACUGAAAAUACUAUGAAAAUGAUAUAAAACAUACUCUAAGUUAAAUAUUCUCCAUCAAUAUUAACUUUACUAUCAUUUUAGAAUAAUAUUAAGCUCAAAAUGAACGUUUAUUACCAAGCUCCGCAACUCGAUAAAUUCUUUACAUCAUUUAAAAAGGGCACAGCAUACUGUUUCAUUUGCUUGCGGACAAAACAUGAGACAAAAUUAGUAAAUAAUAAUGAAGCCGUGAAGACUUUCGCUAAAGAAAUCAAAAUGGAUAUUAAAUUUAAACACAACAACAUCUGCUACAUAUGUGAAUACAAAGCGCUAAAAGCGCUGCAAUUCUUUAAAUCUCUCACCUUUGCAGUGGCAGUAGACACUAUAUUUGCAGACGUAAUACUUCAUAAGAAUAAUCAUUACAACGUGUUUAGAAAGAACAACUUCAAGAAACUCAUGGAUAAAUUUGGUUUUCCUGCUACAAUGAUGUUACCGUCGACGUGGGAGGCUGAAUUCGCAGCGGUGCGCAGUUCUACUACACUGACACAAACUAAAACACUGGCGUUAGGCGUCGACGGGAAACCCCUCCACACAAGAAACACCGGACCCCCACGAGACAUAUACUUAAUACCUGACGAGCCCCCAGGCGCAGACACCAUAGGGGGGGUCACAGAGAUACUCAAAAACAACCCGGAUUGUGACGCUCUCAAUAUGAAGGAUAACUUUGCGAAACAGUUCCGUGGGAUAUUGCGGGCGCCUGGAACUGAAAAAACGGUUGAAAAUGUCGCGGAAAAUCCGUUGUUUAGCACAAACGUGGAUAACAUACAAACACUAGUAAUUCUAGACGAUGAGGAUUCUAACGAACAGUGCAUAAAAAUAUCUAAAGUCGAAUCUCAAGCCCCCACAGUACCCGAAACGCUCCCUAAUUCACACCCCACAAGAUUAGUCCCCAUACAGAAUCUUCUAGAAAAACCUACCCCAAAAUUAACAGUACCCCUAGAAAAUUUACUACUACAGCCUAGAGACGUGUUUACUGGCAACAGUUUAUUAUUAACGACCCCCAACGGGCCUACAGAGUUGCACCCCAUCGCUAUCAGAGAGGGGGUCACGGUGGUCCCUUCUAUAAAUGCUAAAAUUGUGAACGGGGUCUUGAUAUACAAUGACCCCGCUAUGAAUCUUGCUCAAGAAGCGAUUAAUGUUAAUUCUGUAGCAAAUACUCAAAAAGAUAAUGAAAAAAAUAUGCUUUUGAAAUCUUAUCUGAGUAAAGGUAAAACAACAGACUUUUAUGGGCCCAAAAGAGAUUCUGUGAGUCAAAUUGAUGAAGUGGCAACACCGGUUAAGAAGAGUAAGGUGUUGCCAGAAAAUGUUGAAGAUAGAAGUCGAAUUGACUGGGAAGAUAAAAUACCUAUGGAUGUUAUUUCUUUUGUGGAUGCCGUCGACCCCAACCCCAUACACAACAUACAGGCACCAAUGAAUAUGGGGCCCAUAGGACCUCCUGUGGGGCCCAUAGCACCCCCUAUGGGGCCCAUAUCGCCCCCUGUGGGGCCCAUAGGAUCUCCUGUGGGGCCCAUCGGAUCCCCUAUGGGGUUUCCAGUUGUAACUGAAACGAGCCCCCCCAUCGAGGAUUAUUUUCAGGAUGCCUUAGAUCCUCAACCCUCGGUAUCAACGAACGAUCCACUAGGCAUGGUGUCUAUCGGAACUUGUACGGAGCCCUCUAAAAGUUGUUACAAGAGUUUACAGCAGUUGCAGGAUUCUCAAGAAACCGACCCCCUAGCGAUAGAAGACCCCGUAAAUACGGAACCUAAUGGACCUCUAGCGUGGGGGGCUAAGAGACGCGGUAGACCCCCUACGAACUUACCGAAAAUCGAAGAGGCAAAUUAUAUUAUAGAUUUGAGCUAAAUAUAGUAUUAUUACUAAAUAAUAUUCCUUGUAAAAAUGUAUGUGUAAACGAUAUAAAAAUUGUGGUAAAUGUAUGUAUGUAUUGUGGUGGACGUCCACCAACGAGGUGGACAGACAACCUGAACCUGAACCCAAAAGGUCGCCGGAAGACGCUGGAUGCAGGUCGCCUCCAACAGGUAUCUGUGGAGAUCUAAGGGGGAGGCCUAUGUUCAGCAGUGGACGUCCUAUGGCUGAGAUGAUGAUGAUGAUGAUGAUGAAACGAUAUAAAAAUUGUGGUAAAUGUUUGGGACAUAAAUAUUUUUAAAGUACAUUUAAUAUUUAUGCUACCGUUUGACACAAAUAAAUAUUGAAAAAAAUUACUGCUGCUUAAAAUUUAUUGCAUUCAAUUGAUUAAAUAAUUGUUAUUAUUGUUUUAAACAUUGAUUUUAACUUGAGUUUUUAAAUACAAUUUAUGUUUUGAUAUGGCAUUCAUAUAAAAAGUUUCGCAUUUAUUAUUUUUGAGUCUACUGCGAUGGAAAUGUCGAAUCGAUUUUACAAUUCGUACUAAAUUCAUAACAGUUUUAUAAUUCUUUAAUGUUUUUGUUAUUUUUUUUUAUUGUUUAAGACAAAAUGUGAUAUUAUGUUUCUCAAGUUUCGAAUAAGUAAGACGUAUAUAUGUUGAUUUUUCACACAAAAACUAUUGAAUGAAUCUUGAUGAAGCUUGACAGUGUUAUGAAUAUUAUAAGAUAAGCUAAAGAUUAUAUCAGAGCGAGAUAUUAUAGAUAUUAUUUAGUUACUAGAUUUAAGUGACGUAAGUAUAGUAGUCGCCAAACUUAUUGUCGUUUCGGAACAUAAUAUUUUAGUUACUGUUACUGCCUUUUUAUCGUCCCAUUGCUGGGCACAGGCGUCCUCUCACGCGGACAAGGAUUGAGCAUUAAUCACCACGCUUGCUCAAUGCGGGUUGGUGAUUUCAGACUUUAUAGUCCAGGUUUCCUCAAGAUGUUAUCCUUCACCUUUUUAUCAGCCAUUGGUGUCCAAGAUAUACUUAGAAAGUACAUACAAACUUAGAAAAGUUACAUUGGUACUUACCUGACCUGGAAUCCAACCCACAACCUCAUACUCUAGACUAGAGGUUGGUUCUUUACCCACUAGGCCACCACGACUUUAGUGAUGUUUUAGUAUUAUUCCCAAUAUUCUAUCAAUCUGUUGCGGCGCUGGUACAUACAGGGCUUAGAAGGAACACGACGGGGUUUAGUCAGUAAGAGUCUGACACGUACUCCCUCACGCUGUACCCACAGCGGGAACCGUCAUUUGAUGAUUUCUCAUAAUAAAAAAGCGGGUGGCGGGGAAGGGAAGGGUGUGAAUUUAGUUGCGAAAUGACAUUAAGUUUGGCGAGGACUGUAGCAUAGUGUAAGAUGUGUCCUAAGGAUUUUUUUUUUUUAGUUGUAAAUAAAAUACCUACUUAUGUAAGAAUACUGAUUUUAUUUUA